AUGGCACCAACCGUGACUAGUUCUUACAGCGCGCUCACGGCUGAGACUACAAAUGUUCCAAUUGAGGAUAGAAUAGGUAUACCUGAGCCAGGUAUGGAGUUUGAGAGCCCAGAGGCUGAGAGGCAAUACCUUAAAGAGAGACUCGCUGCUGGAUUCAGAAUUUUUGCAAAGCAUGGGUUCGAUGAAGGGGUCGUCGGCCAUAUAUCCCUUAGGGAUCCAAUUAACCCACAUGCGUUUUGGGUUAAUCCACUUGGCCUUCACUUUUCCUUAAUAAAAGCUUCGGAUUUGCUUCUCAUUGAUGAAUCCGGGAAGGUCCUUGAAGGUGGUGCAAAUCGCCACCUCAAUCUCGCUGCGUUUAUGACCCAUUCGGCAAUCCACAAAGCCCGCCCCGAUGUUAACUGUGCCGCACAUGCCCACUCCUUAUAUGGCCGUACAUUUUGCACUCUUGGGAGGACUCUAGAUAUCACUACCCAGGACAGCUGUGCCUUCUAUAAUGAUCACGUGUUGUAUGGAAAUUUUAGAGGCGCAGUCCUAGAUGAAGGGGAGGGUAUUGAUAUUGCUCAGACUCUUGGAGCCAAGAAAGCAGCUUUGCUCCAAAACCAUGGACUACUCACCACCGGUGGGACCGUAGAGGAGACCGUAUUCUGGUUCCUAUCUCUGGAGAAGUGCUGUCAUAGCCAAUUGCUCGCAGACGCAGCUGCAGCCGGUAGGGGAGAAACGACCAAGAAAAUUGGCAACAAGGAGGCUAUGGAGACCUGGAAGGUGUUCGGCAGCAGAAGGAUCGGACACUUCUCAGGGAGGCCGUUAUUUGACUUAAUUGAGGUUGAGACUAAGGGGGAUUACAAAAAUUAG